GUGACAAGCUGCCCGAGCCCGACGACCCGGUGCGCCUGCUGCCGCUGCUGGUGGUGGGCGGCGUCAUCCUGCUGGCCAUCGCGGUGCUGGGCGUCCUGGUGGCCCGGCGCAAGCGGGAGCACAGCACCCUCUGGUUCCCCGAGGGCUUCAGCCUCGCCAAGGAGGGCAACAAGGACCGGCGCGAGCCCGUGGGGCAGGACGCGCUGGGCAUGAAGAACAUCGGGAAGGGUGAGAGCCUCAUGGGGGAGCCCUCGGAGGACUGGCUGGGCAGCGAGUGCCCCGAGGCCAAGCGGCUCAAGGUGGAAGAGCCGGGCACCGAGCAUGAGGACCCCGUGGACUGUCGCCAGUGGACCCAGCAUCACCUGGUGGCAGCCGACAUCCGCAUGCCACCCACCAUGGCCCUCACGCCGCCCCAGGGCGAGUUCGACUCCGACUGCAUGGACGUCAACGUCCGCGGGCCGG